AAACCAUUUCGCAAGGUGUAGAGUCGCGGGCCAGAGCGCACCGAGUGCGGAAAUAGCUGCGCGUUGUAAUUUUAGUGGAAUCGGGGCAACGCGGCCGCGGCCCGAAAUAGCGGCGCGUGCGUCUUCCCACUGUCAAUUUCGUCCGGAUAGGGUGCACGAUUAGCAGUUACCGCCGGCUCUCCACCGAGUCCGGAGCCCGUGGUGCACCUCCCCGCCCCGGCGCACUCGCGACUGCACGGUUGCAUAAGUGUUACCUACAACUAUGUGUGCAAAAGCUCGCUACGUGUCCGAAAGUGAAUCUGUUCUCUCCAGUGUUUUAAGUUUUAACUAACAGGAUUAUUUCAAAACUAAGAUGUUAAAAGGCCGGGGUCGUGCCACGGUGGGAACUCCCCAGUUCCCGCGGCCGGCGCCCGGAACGCCACAGUUCGCACACCAGACACCCGGCGCCCCGCAGACACGCCAAGUGCCUGCCACGCCACAGUUCGCACGCCAGACACCGGGCGCCCCGCAGACACGCCAAGUGCCUGCCACGCCACAAUUCGCGCGCCAGGCUGCGCUCCUCGCCAAGCCGGAGCCGGACUAUGAGGUUGUGGAGUUCCCUGCCGAGGAAUAUGUCAACGCUAAGCUGCAGCCACCGCCUACUCCGCCAAGACCGCCGACAGGUCACCCAGUGGAUGCCGGCGCGUCAUGCGGGCUGUGCGGCGGCGGCGGCGCGCGCGUGCGCUGCGCUGAGUGUGGCCGGCGCGCUCUCUGUGCCUCCUGCGAUGACAUGUACCACCGCCAUCCCAAGCGCAGAAACCAUCAGAGACAGGCUCUGUCCGUGACGCAGUUACGCGAAGAGCAACGUCCGCCAUUGCCGCCCAAAACUACCGCUCCAGUACCUCCUCCGCGACGGCAUAAGAUAAGCGGCGACCGAUCAAGUGCUAGCCCUAGACCUCCCGUACAAGAUCAGCCACGUCGAGCCACGCUCGGUUCCAUCAACACUAUGACGCCACAAAACCAAGCACCGCCGGCACGACCCUUAAGCAACCACGGUGUAUCGCAGCCUAUACCUCCACACCUGAGCAAGAUAUUACCGCCUUCGCCUUCCGCUCAUGUCGGCAGCAUGCCUUAUUUGCCGACGAGCCAGCUUCAAGCUGCCGCUCCUGCUCCUCAAGCUAUGCCAUACCACAAUAACACGAUGGGUCAUGCGGCACAGGCUUGGGGCCGACCCCGAACAGCGCUGCCACCUUACAACGUACCCACGAACAUGCAUGUGCAACAGCCAAUGAUGCAUGAGCCAUGGGACGGGCCGGAAAUGAUGCCGCAAGCGCAAACUUGGGGCCGGCCGAUGCGGCGCGGCGCAUCAGUCCUCGAGCUAGGCCAGCCCCCGCCGCCGUGCCCGGGCUGCGCGCACUGCGGCGCGCCGUGGCGGUACGGCAGCUGCGCCAGCCUCGACCCCGGCCCGUGGGGCUGGCAGUGCUGCCCGCCGCAGCAUAUGCAUCCGCACGCUCAUAUGCACUCGACGAUGACGCCGCAACCUUAUCGUAGAGCCGACAGCCGCGCUAUGUCUCGCGCGGCUUCCCGCGCUGGUUCCCGCGCGGCUUCUCCCGCCAUGAGCAUACGCUCGCGCGCGUCGCGCCGCACCAAGCACCGCACGCCGUCGCCACCGCUACCAUCUAGCGAUGCCGACUCGGAGAGCGAAGAGAGCGACCGCCGCGACCCUCCCAAACCGCAGAGUCUAGCUAGAAAAACGGUUCAGGCUAAAGUGCAAAGCCCUGUGAGAGUAGCGGCUAAUAGUGCUAAUGCUAAUACACCCGAAGUAGAAGAAGACAGCUUAGGGCCGGCGCCGCCGCCGCCGGACACCUCCUGGCAGUGCGAGCACUGCACGUUCGUGAACGAGCCAGGCGAACGUGUGUGCGCAGUGUGCUGCCGCACGCCGACCACGGCGCCCAAGGUUGUGGCCAACGGCGCCGCCAAAGCUAUGGCCAACCUACACAUCUCCGACGCGGCUGCGACUAGCGACACUCGCCAGAAACAAAACGGCGAGGUACCCAAACUCCAGCCGAAAAAGGAGAAGGCUUCAACCGGUUGCGGACCAUCACCACCGAGGGAAACCAAACCCAGGCAACCAACAAGCCGAGUCGCCACACCUGUGCGGGACGUGAACGACUCACGGAGACACGACACGGCCGUGGGACCAUCGCCACCUAAAGACGUUCGGAGCAGAGAAGUCAAUGGCAGACCGUAUAACGGAAACGAUCAAGGGCGACACAGCGUGUCUGUAGGUCCUUCACCACCUAGAGAAGAAACCCGUAUAGCGAGAACACCCCCUGAACGGCACACCAUAUCGGUUGGACCUUCACCGCCACGAGAGAAUACGAACCAAAAAAAGUCCGUUGGCGCUUCCCCGCCGCGGGGAAGCGUUGACAGCCGCGGCCGAUCGCCUUUCGGCGGGUCGAGAGUUUCCAAUACGGGUACAUCGCCACCGCCUCAAAGUAUUUCAACUCAGACUUAUGAAGUUCCAACGCCAUGGGAGCGCGAGCGUGAGCGAGUAAAAGAACGUGAAAGAGAAAAGCAGCGCGAACGGGAAAAAGAACGUGAUCGGGAAAAGGAACGUGAACGGGAAAAGGAGCGCGAGCGAGAAAGGGAGAGGGAACGAGCCCCAUCGGUCCCGCGGUCGCGCUCCCGGCGCCGAUUCCGAGAUGAAGCUCGCCGCGAACGCUCACAUAGCAGGCAUUCGCUAUCCAGUGACACACGGGAGAGCGAACGCAGCGUGCGUACCACCGGCCGUUGGGAGUGGCGCGAGACACGCGAGCCGCGCGACAGCAGCCCGGCGGGCGACAGCGACGCCGGCCGCCGCCGCCUCACGCGCCGCGCCUCGCACCUCGACCUGCGCCGCGCGCGCCCGCAGCGCCGCUCCAGCUUCUACGGCUCCGAGGCGCCGUCCCCUGAGCCGCUGGCAUACAACCGCACGAUGUCGAUGGAGGCGCUGGGAGCGGGCGCGGCGCGCGAGGCGGAGCGCGGGCUGGAGCUGGCGCGGCUCAUGGACGCGGCCGAGCGGCUCGGCUUCAGCGCGGCGGAGGUGCAGGCGGCGUUAGCGCAAAGUCCCGCAGCGCCGCUCGCAUGGCUACGCGAGCGCUGGCCGAGCCUAGUAGCCGGCGUGCAGGCCGCAGCAGCGCGCCUGGCGCCCGGCGCCAACGUCACCGAGCUGGAGGCGCGUGCCGCGCUCGCGCGCCACCGCGCCGCCAUGUGGCCCGCCGUCACCGAGUGCGUGGAGCGCCACCGCCGCCAGGCGGAGGGCAGCGUCGGUGAGGAGCGGCGGUUGCGCGGGCGCGUGUGGGGCUCGCCGGCCGGCGCCGACGUCGACGCCGCGCCGCCGCCGCCACCGCCCGCCACACAACCUCUGCGCGCAGAUGACAGUUCAGAUGAAUUCGAAGAGCCGAUACCGAAAACAUUUCAAGAUGACGACUGGAUGUACUUGCCGCUACCGGCUAAAACUCCGAGCCUGUUCGACGUGGACCUCGACAGAGACGUUUGGAGUUUGCCCGUUCACAAGUUGGACAAUUUAGGAAAUAGUAUUGCUUCGGUACCGAUAGAUUUCGCAUCGGUUCCACCAGAUUUUGCUUCAGUGCUGACAGAUGUUACUUCAGUUACAACAGAUAUAGCUUCAGCUCAAACAAACGCUUCUACUCUUACUAGUAGUAAGGCAAAGGACGAGAAACCUGCGAAUGCUACUAAUAUUCCAAAUACCCAAGAAAAGGUGGAAGCAAUAAAUACUGAAGAUAUUGCACAAAAAUUAAAAGCGUUACUUAUACAAGCAGGUAUUCCGUCCAUCAAUGAAAAUUUACUUUUGAAAGGCCUACUAGCAGAUAACAAUAAUCUGGAACAAAGUAAAGAUACUAAUAAUACUUUAGAUAAUAAACCAGAACAAAUAUUAAACAGUAAUAAUUUAGAAAUAAGGACAGAUGCUAAUAUUAACGUUGAGAAGGAACCAAACCAAGUAGCAAAUAGCAAUAAUGUGAAUAAUGAAAAAGAUGCUAACAGUACUUUAAAUAACAAAUCGGAGCAAACACAGUCGUUUGACCUCGGCCAAUCGGAAAAUGAUUUCAUAAAUGCUUAUAAUGCAUUAACUAGACACAGUCCUUUACCUAGCGUUACCACUGAUGGUGCUGGUGAUAGUCAACAUUUAAAUACCUUGAAUGCAGCAAGUAGUAAUGUGGCAACAUUAAAUGAUAAUCAUACAGAAUUCUUAAACAGAACAGAAAAUCUAAUGCCAUCUGAGCAAGAUAAUGUAGCUACAGUUGAGUCCGGUAAUGGUAAUAUAGGGGAUACUAUUUCAAACAAUGCACUAGGUAACACGGCGCAGGAAGCUGUAUCCAGUGUUAACAAGGAAAAGACUGACAAUGAAAUAGUAAAUAAUGAAGAAACUAUCCCAACUAAGUUUGGAAUUAGAAAUAAUCGUUCUCCUAAACAUACCAUUAAGUCUAAAAAUAAAAUGGUUUCAUCAAAGAAGUUAUCCGUCAACAAAACAGAGCGCGACACUAUAAUCAUAGACAAUGAUCAAUCAAAUAACUUGAACGAUAUUGUAGAUAAUACACAAAAACUCAUACAGCAAAUGAAAGCUGAAAUUAAUUCAGACAUUAAUUCUCUCAAUGAUUCAAACUCGUCCCAUACUGCGACUGAUGACAGUUCUAAUGAUUCUGAUUUAUCAACUGAUCAUGAAUCUUCAUUCAGUGAAUCUGAUGACGAAACAGAGGACUUAACUACAGAAAAUAAAGAUUACACGAGUAGUGAAAAUGAAGGAGAAGGAGAAGUACAGCAGCAUAUCGGAAAAAGCACUCCAGUCUUAGACAGUACUAGUUCUGACGAAAACGAACAGUUUGAGGAAGCCAUGGAUCAUAUAGAAGCACAAACCGAUGCUAUACAACAAACAAAUUUUGAGAUACUAAAUUCCAUUGCUCGAAGCCUUCAAGAAGAACAUACAAUAUCUAUACAGUUAGGAACAGAGACGGAAAUAACAGAAACACGUCCAAAACGUCAGGACGUCAACAACAAUUUUGCUAAAGUCAAUAGCUUUGAAGAGAUUUAUGAAGAACUUAGCACUGACCAACCUGUCAUACAAGAAGAACUACAAUCUAAUUCUGAACAGAUAUCUAUGAUACCAAAAAUCGAAAACCCGCCUUAUAUUAAACAGGAAAUAAACUUAAUGGUUUUCCAGCCUGUACCUGCAUCAGUAGCAACAGUAAGUGAAACCAUAUUGCCUAUAAUCAAUGCAACUAUAGAAGAACUACCUUUCAUAGAUGAACCCCUUGAAACCCAUUAUGAAAUUUUAAAUAGUGAAACUACCGUAGAAUUAAACAUUAAAGAAUCUUCCGAAGAAGAUAAUAAUGAUAAUGCCGCUAAUAUUAACCAAGUCUUGGAAAAUAUUGCCAAUGACGCUGCAGUGGCUACUGAAAUUGAUAAUAAAACUUCUUCGUCGCCAAGUGGCAUCAACACAACUGAUGAAAUUGUGGAACAGCUUAUUGUAAUCACAAAUACCCUUCAAAAUAAUUUGAACGAAAUUGAAAAUGAAUCUGAAUUAUCUCAAUCUGACAUUGCCAAUACGGAACAUGACGAUGACGAUAUGGAUAUACAAAUAAACCAUAUCCACGACACUAGCCCUCCUGAGAAUGAAAACAUAAAUAUACAGCAGCAAGAGAUUGAAUCCGAACCAGAGCAACGAUCUAGUACAUCGCCUGAUAAAAAAUCAUUAAGUCCUCCUAAAGAUGAGAAGAAUACCCCCGCCAGGUCUAACAUACCAAAGCCUGUUAAGAUCUUGCCCAGCAUCAAACAGAAAGUAGACAAGAUUGCUCCGAAGGUACUUGUUUCUAAAGUACCUGUACGGCGAGCAUCUAUAAAACAGAAUCCCGCACCGACUCCCCCUAAAGCUCAUUUUGGAAAUAUCAGCAGCGGCCAUGUGAAGCAGUUGCAAUCUAGGCUGUUUAAUCCGAAAACUGGAAAGGCACCCGCACCAGCACCUCCGGCCGCAACGACUAUAGAGGUUAAACCGUCAACGUCGACUUUGAAUAAGAAGAAGCCUGCUCCGCAGCCCCCUACAAAAUCGCAGCAGCUUAAACAGCCAUCUCCACCAAAAACGCCUUCAAAAGAAAAGAAGCCAUUUUUCCGCGAGACAUGUCGCACUGAAGACGAAUGGACGGAAAGUGACUCGGACGAUUCGCAAGUGCAAGUCGUGGUCAAGAACGAGCCGGAGCCCGAGCGACGACCGCCAUCGCCGCCGCCGCCGCUCACUUUGCGCCGCGUAUCUGGGCAACUAAUCGACUUGGCGCAUGUGCGGCUUCCAGAAGGGUCGCCUGAGAGACAAGCGCGCAUGCUUCUGGCCGAAGGUGCGGCCGAAAGCUGGGAGCAAGCCCAACUAGCGGUAGAGCUGGUGGCUCGCGGCGCCGACGCUCCCGCCGCGCUACUGGCCGCGCUGGAGUGCGCCGACCUGCCCGCCGCGCUCGCCUACCUGCACCAGGACUGCGAGCUGUGCGCCUCGCGCCUUCCAGAACACCAGAUGGUGUCAAUGCUGCGCUGCACGCACCGCUGCUGCCGCGAGUGCGCGCGCCUGUACUUCACCGUGCAAGUUACGGAGCGCAGCGUGCUCGACUGCGUGUGCCCGUACUGCAAGGAACCCGAGUUAGAAACGUUGGAAGAGGACGCCUGGCUCGAGUACUUCGCGCACCUCGAUAUCCUGCUCAAAGUGCUGCUGGACGCGGAUGUGCACGAACUGUUCCAGCGAAAGUUGCGAGACCGAACUCUAGCCCGGGACCCGAACUUCAGAUGGUGCGUGGAGUGUUCCUCGGGGUUCUUCGUGCAUCCGAAGCAGAAGAAAGUCCGGUGUCCCGAAUGUAGGUCGGUCAGCUGUGCCACAUGCAGGAAACCGUGGUCAACCAAUCACGAGGGCCUGACCUGCGAGCAGUACGCCGCGUGGCUCGAGGACAAUGACCCCGAGCGCUCGGUCGCCGCCGUGCAGCAGCACCUGCGCGAGAACGGGCUCGAGUGCCCGCGCUGCCACUUCAAGUACUCGCUGUCCAGAGGCGGCUGCAUGCACUUCACGUGCACACAAUGCAAGUACGAGUUCUGCUACGGCUGCGGAAAGCCGUUCACUAUGGGCGCGCGCUGCGGCCUCAGCGACUACUGCGCGCGGCUAGGGCUCCACGCGCACCAUCCGAGAAACUGUCUCUUCUACCUGAGAGAUAAAGAGCCGCAUGAACUGCAAACGCUACUACAGAUGAACAACGUAACCUUCGAGGUGGAGGCGCCCGAGGGCUCCCCAACCCGCUGCCCGGUUCAGCUGCAGCGCGAGACGCCCACCGGGCUCGUGGACGGCGCCUGCAACGCCGACGCGCCGCCGAAGCACGCCGGACUAUGCAAGAACCACUACCUGGAGUACCUGUCGCGGCUGGUGCGGCGGCGCGAGAUCGACCCGCUGCCCAUCCUCGGCGUGGACGACCUCGAGACGCUCGUGAAGCGCGCGGCGCUGCGGCCGCCGCCGCGGCCCUACGGCUCGCUCGAGGGCCUGUACCGCCGCGGCCUGCUCGAGAUCGUGAAAGAAAAAAUACCGUUGGACUGAUGGCCGCCUCUCUACCUGCCUACCUACUAUCACCAUCAUACAUCACAAGAAGCUACCUGUAUUCCAGUCUCUUGAAAUGAUAUUGUUAUUUAUAUUAUUCAUUAUAAAAUAAAAUACCUAUAUUGCUUUA